AUGACUGAUAAAUUGGAUGAAAAGAACUUUGACAGUUCUUCCGCUCCUAAAGAAUCUCAAGGACACGACUUGCAUUCAGUCAUCUCCCGUCACACAGUUGACUAUGACUUAUACGUUUCCAAAUCAAAUCCAUCUGGUAUUCAGAAUGUAGAAGGACAUCAAUUAAGACAAGCUUUAGAUUCUCGUCAUGUUAGUAUGAUUGCCAUUGGUGGUGCAUUGGGUACUGGUUUAUUAAUUGGUACUGGUUCUGCUUUAAAAACCGCAGGGGCUGGUGCUAUUUUAGUUGCAUACUCCCUUAUUGGGUUUGUUGUCUUUAUGGUCAUGAGUGGGUUAGGUGAAGUUGCAACUUUCGUUCCUUUGAAUGGUUUCGCUAAUUACUGUCAAAGAUAUGUCGACGAUGCUUUGGGGUUUGCUUGUGGUUAUGUCUAUUUAUUCAAAUAUUUGAUUUUACCUGCUAAUCAAUUAGUAGCCGGUUCCUUAACAGUCCAAUAUUGGGUGAGUGCAGAAAAGAUGAAUCCUGGUAUUUGGAUUACUAUUUUCCUUGUUAUUAUUUUGGCGGUCAAUUUAUUGGGUGUUAGAUUUUUCGGUGAAAUCGAAUUCUGGUUAUCGACUUUGAAAGUCUUGACAUGUCUUGGUCUUAUUCUUGUUCUUUGGAUUAUUGCUUUAGGUGGUGGCCCAUCAGGAGAUAGAAUCGGAUUCAGAUACUGGAAAAACCCAGGUGCCUUCCUUGAAUAUGCUGACGCAUCGAAGGGUCUCGUAAUUGACGGUUCCAAAGGUCGUUUUGUUGCUUUCGUUUCUGUUCUUGUCACUGCCGUUUUUGCUUUCUUAGGUACAGAAUUAGUUGGUAUUACUUUCUCCGAAACCAGAAACCCUCGUCGUUCCAUUCCAAAGGCCAUUAAAUUGACUUUCUACCGUAUUGUUAUUUUCUACAUCCUUGCUAUCUUCUGGUUGGGAAUGUGUGUUUCACCGAAGGAUCCACUCCUUCUUUCGGCAUCUGGUAAUACUGCUUCCGCCUCCCCAUUCGUCAUUGCCAUCAAGAACGCUCACAUUAAAGGAUUAGAUCAUGUUAUCAAUGCUUGUAUCCUUAUAUUCGUCCUCCUGGCUGCCAAUUCCGAUAUGUACGUUUGUUCAAGAACUGUCUACUCCCUUGCUGUUGCUGGCUAUGCACCAAAGUUUUUCACCAAGACCAAUGCACUUGGUGUCCCAUACUAUGGUAUUGCCCUUUCUUUUGCAUUCACCUUGUUAGCCUAUAUGACUGUUUCUUCUGGCGCUGCUGAAGUCUUUGGUUACUUUGUCAAUGUUGUCUCAUUAACUGGUUUAAUUGCCUGGUCAUGUGUUCUUACCAUUCACAUUCGUUUCAUGAAAGCAUUGAAGGCUCAAGGGUAUGACAGAAACACCGCCUUGGCUUACAGAUCUCCAUUCCAACCUUGGGGCUCUUAUCUUGCUUUGCUGAUCUGUAUCUUGGUUAUCUUCAUCAAGAAUUUCACCGUCUUCUUAGGUGAUAGUUUCGCUUACAAGAGUUUCAUCACUGGUUACAUUGUUCUUCCAAUUUUCUUGAUAAUGUACUUUGGAUACAAGAUUGUCUACAAGACUAAGAUUAUCAAACCAGAAGAAGUUGAUUUGGACACUUUCAGAGAUGUUAUUGAUGCUGAGUUUGAACAAUAUGAAGCUGAAGACGCUGAAAGAAAGGCUGUCAGAGAAGCUGAAGGUAUUAAAUAUGACAAGGAAUGGUUCUAUGAAAAAUUCCUUGGAUGGAUUUUCUAA